CGCUAGCGUGACCCACCAACCGUGGAAACGACAAACAUACCUAACCACUUCGUGGCCACGCGCAAUUCCCCUUUUCACCAUCUUGUCGUCGUUCCUUACGUUAGAGAAGUAUAAAACCUGUCUUUUUCUUGUUCUGCAACGAACGGAGUCCAACAUAGGAAAGAGCUGGAUCGAAAAGUUCAGCAGUCAUGGCGUCACAUGCAGACAGCGCGCACGACCUGCUGGAUCUCGACAUUGGGACACUGCGGCGAUACGUCGAAUUCUUCCCGACAGAGGGGCUUUCAAAAGUUAUUACUGGUUAUUUGAGUAGCGGUGUAUCAAAGUACCCGCUGGUACAAGAGAAGGGAGAAGCUCCAGAUCUGAGCGAGGGCGGGGUAUCCUUGAGCGUUGACACGCCUGUAUCGCAAGAUGAUUGUUUGGCAUUGAUGACAGAAGGCAUUCUGGAAGCUAGGAAGUCCGCUCUUGCACAUGUAUUACUAGGAGACUUCUAUCUCUCAUUGGAAGAAUACGAGAGUGCGGUGGAGUGUACUAGGAAGGGCCUGAAGCUUGCAAAAUCGGAAGCUAGAAAGACCGAUCUGUCGUUUCAACGGACGAGGGAUGCGUUGAGCAGUACUCUUGCAACAGCCCUCGUAUACUACCAGGCUCCUAGGAACCACCUGGAGGCCAAGCAGAUAUUCCAGGAGAUCCUGAAACGGAAACCACGGUUCACAGCCGCGCUUAUCGGUCUGGGUCUGAUCCUCGAGGAGGACGAAGAUUACAAGGAAGCUGCAGAUUUCCUGGAGCAGGCGCUGAAGCUGGAUCCUGAGAAUGGACGCAUCGGCGCAGAAGCAGCGUGGUGCCAGGCACUCGCUGGCGACUACAAGACCGGUCUCGACAAGCUCCAAGGCUACCUGGACCACCCACAUAUGGAUGCUUCCAAGCCACGUGGCCGAGAUCUGCGAGCUCAGACUCUCUAUCGAAUCGGUGUGUGUAUGUGGGAACUUGAUCCUUCCAAGGCUGCCCGAAAGAACCGUCAAGGAGCCUACGCCAUGCUUCUCGCUGCCAUCAAGGCGAACCCGAACUACGCGCCCGCCUACACGCUGCUCGGUAUCUUCUAUGAGGAGUACAAUAAGGAUCGCCGACGAGCAAGACAAUGCUUCCAGAAAGCUUUCGAACUUUCUCCCUCUGAGAUUGUAGCAGCAGAGCGACUUGCCCGGCUUUUCGCGAACCAGGGCGAAUGGGAUAUUGUCGAAGCUGUUUCACAGAGAGUUGUUGAUUCUGGAAAAGCGAAGCAAACGCCGGGCUCGAAGAAGAAGGGCGUCAGCUGGCCUUUCUCUGCAUUGGGUGUUGUGCAGAUGAACAAGCAGGAGUAUCAGCAGAGCAUCGUGUCCUUUCUGUCGGCUCUUCGUAUAAGCCCAGACGACUACUACUCUUAUGUUGGUCUUGGCGAAAGCUACCACAACUCUGGACGAUACAACUCUGCACAGCGCGCCUUCAACUAUGCGCAAAAUCCCACAGACGGCGUGGUCAUGAAGAAGACAGAAGACGAAAGCUGGUUUACCAAGUACAUGCUUGCCAACGUCAAUCGCGAGCUGAGCGAGUUUGAUGAAGCGCUACAGGGAUACGAAACCGUCUUGUCGCAACGACCACAGGAGUUCGGCGUCUCCAUCGCUCUCAUUCAGACUCUAGUGGAGAAGGGCUGGCAUUGCAUUGAGACUGGCUUCUACGGAGAGGCAGUGGACAGCGCUAUCCGUGCCAUCGAAGUCGCCAACACAGUCACGUCAUACAAGCCUGAUGCGUUUAACCUCUGGAAAGCUGCUGGAGAUGCUUGCAGUCUGUUCAGCUGGGUGCAGGAGAAGCUUGACAAAUUUCCCUCUGCUGACGUCGAGCGCUUACUGCAGAGCAAAUCAGAUGUUGGCGUGGAUUUUGACGCACACAAAGGCCUUGAUGGUAUUGGCAAGGACGAGCUUGCAGGCCUCUCUUCCAGCGAAUCAUCGGUCUUGACAAAGGUUCUCAAGGCUUCGAUACUUGCGCAGAAACGAGCCAUCGCAAGUUGCGAGCAUGACAUCCAUGCGCAAGCUGUAGCAUGGUACAAUCUCGGCUGGACCGAAUACCGCGCCCACAUCUGCCUGGAACAAGAGGGGAAUGAGGAGCAGAAGCUCACAACUUUCUUGAAAGCUGCGAUGAAGUGCUUCAAGCGCGCUAUUGAGCUCGAAGCUGGCAAUGCCGAAUUCUGGAAUUCACUCGGUGUAAUCACCACCACACUCAGCCCGAAAGUCGCACAGCACGCGUUCGUGCGUUCUCUCCAUCUCAGCGAUCGCAAUGUGCAUGUAUGGACGAACCUCGGUACACUGUACUUGCUACAGAACGACUUGGAGCUCGCAGACACAGCGUUUGGACGUGCACAAGCGCAAGACCCUGACUACGCCCUUGCCUGGGUGGGCGUGGGCCUGAUCGCGCUUCUUAGUGGAAAGGAAAAGGACGCUUUUGCCCACUUCACGCAUGCCUUUGAGCUCUCCGACUCCUCGCUGCUCCUGACGAAGCGACAGUAUGCUGUCUCGGCCUUUGACUUUGUCGUAUCGUCGUCGUCGUCUUCCAGUUCUAUUGUCGACCUCAUUCAACCGCUGUUCGCCCUCCAGCAGCUCAACCGCCAGGCUCCAUAUGACCUAUCACACAAGCAUCUCACAGCGCUAUUCCUGGAGAGAGUCGGCAACUACGAUGCUUCAGUGGCAGCUCUUCAGGCUGUGUCUGAGGCUGCCGAACAGGAGUACGAGAAGUCAGAGGCGGUGUCUGCUCUUGCGCGUAUCGUACAAGCCAAGAACGACCUCGCACGAAACCAGCUGGCUGUAGGAUCGAACGAAUCCGCCGUCGAGGAGGCCGAGACAGCCUUGGAUCUCCUGGCCGAGCUUGAAGGCGACGCUGGCCAGUCUAUCUUAUCCGCCCCGCAGCUCGACAAAAUCCGUCUGUCUGCACGUCUCACAGCAGGCCUCGCACACUACUUCAACGGCGCUCUCGACGCCGCGCUGCCCUACUUCCGCACCUCCCUCGAAGCCACCAGCUCGCACCCCGACAUCAUCUGCCUCCUCGCAGAAGUACUCUGGGCAAAAGGCGGCACCAACGAACGCCAAGUAGCGCGCGAACAGCUCUUCACCGCCGCCGAAACCCACGGGUCCCACGUCGGCAUCCUGACCCUCAUCGGCGCCAUGACCGUACUCGAUGACGACACCGACACCAUGCACGCCAUCAAAGACGACCUCGACCGCAUGCGUACAGACACCUCGCUCGCGCCCUCGCAGCUCGCCCGCAUCGAGACGGUUCUGGAAGCUAUCUCGCUUACCCUCGGCGGCGCGAACGAUCUCGACGACGCGCGCCGCAGCGUUGUGCUUGCGCCGUGGAAGCACGCGGGCUGGGCGCAGCUGGCGCAAGCAGCGGGCGAUGCGUUCGCGAGCACCCUAGCCAAGGAGACGGCACGACGAAAUGCGCCGCCGAACGGGGCACUUGGGGCUGUUGGACUUGCGGGUGCGAUGGCAGCGACGGGAGAUGUGGGCGAUGCGCAGAGGGCGGUUGUGCUUGCGCCGUGGAAGCAGGAGGGCUGGGCGGGGCUUGUUGAGUGUGUGCAGGGUGCGUGAAUGGUGCGAGAAUGCCGUAUACCCUUUGACGUGUAACAUUUGAAAAGUGGAAUGGAAACCAGUGCCAGACGUCCUGACUAAA